CGCCGCGGCUCGCCCCACGCUUCUGAGGAGGCAGGUCGUGGCCGACUCUCCCCUCGCGAGUGGGACCAGAGGUUUGUGCCUCCAGAGUAUGAUGGCAAACCACCUCGUAAAACCUGAUUCUAGAAACUGCAAGAGGUCAAGAGAUUUGGAGCCUCAGGUGUCAGAUAGUCCACAGGUAUCCUCUCUUGGAAAAUCGGAUUCUUCUUUCUCUGAAUGUUCUGGACUCCUUUAUAAAGAGGAAACCCUGGAGAAGGAUUUGAGUGAUAUGAGCAAGGAAAUUAAUCUGAUGUUGUCUACAUAUGCAAAGCUUUUGAGUGAGAGAGCAGCAGUAGAUGCAUCUUACAUUGAUGAGCUAGAUGGACUCUUCAAAGAAGCCAAUAUUAUUGAAAACUUUCUGGAACAAAAAAGAGAGUUCGUGAAGCAGAGGUUCACAGUGAUUACCAACACCCUGCACAAGUAAAGUGCCUAUACCAACUGAAAGUCCGUUCCCAAUUAUUGCUGUAGUCUACUUGUUAAAGAAAAUAUAUAUAGUGAACUGUAACUUUUUCUAAAUUUAAAAGGGGUUUUAACAUGAACAGUAAUAUGAAGUUUGUAAUCUUUCUUUUGAUGGUCAAAUACUUGGCACAUUAUAUAAAAAUGUAAAUUAAAAUUAUAUAUGUGUU